UUGUUUAUACCACCGUUGCUGGGUUUGUCGGCGGAUAUAUCGGUGAAUCUCACUACGUACUAUAUUGUACUCCAGUUUGAAUACAUACAUACAUUCUCACUUUCAAGAAUCAACCCCUCCCAUUGCGUGCCGCCUGGACCGGCUCACGGCCAUGAGCAAAAUCCCCCGUACCCCCUGUUGCAUAUGCCGGGCAAAGAAGCGUGCAUGCGACAGGGCCGUGCCUGUUUGUGGAAGAUGCAAGUCCUCCAAUCUGCACGGCCAAUGCUCCUACCGGCCUGAGGAUAUGGGUCCCACAAAGUAUGUCCAUGCAUGUCCCUCUCUGGGCUUCAAGAGAUCCUCUGACGCCCCACAGGGGAAGGAGAGCCAGAGCAUUACCCCCGGCUGCUGGCAUGCAGGUUGUUGUGCCUCCUCUUUCGCCGUCGACGAUACGCUCCCGGCCACGGGAUCAUCUUCUGGGUGCUUUUGUUGCGCAACCCCAGCCAAAGCGUCGACGGUUAGAAGUUCCUUCUUCUCAGAAUUGUCGCGAUCGGGAAGCCACGGUGGAUGUCUACUCGGUCUCGUCGGACCAGAGCGACCAUCCUGCAACACAUCCGACGGGAACUGGCAUCAAUGCUCACAUUGAGCGGCUGAAUCGGUUGCAGCACGCCGUGGAUGCUCGAACCGGCCGGUUGAAGGAAGAACCCGAUGAUGACAUGUUCCUGUUGCAGGUCCCCGGCGUUCCCAAUGGACGUCCGCAAUCCAGAUCUCGUAGCUCGAGCAUUGCCGAGUCCCUGGCCCAAUUGCCCUCAGACUUGAUGGAUAGUCUGAUCGCCACCUAUCUGGCCCGCGAAUACGUCAACUGGCCUAUUUUCGACCUGUCCGAAUUUCAGGCAGCCUGUGAAAAGGUCGGCGACAUGCAAGACCUGUCGACUGGGUCCAGUGGGUUUCACGCCAUCCUCAUGAUGAUCAUAUGUCUCUCCGGUCUAAGACACCACCGCAUGGAUGGUGCCUAUCUGCAGUCGCUUUUCGACCAUGCUCAGAGGAUGACGGGUAGCCCGGACUGGCAGGGGACACCCUGGAUGCGCGUCCAAUGCCUCUUCCUCCAAUGCCAGUAUCUCAAUGCGACAGGGAAUCCCAGGCAGGCCUGGGCGCUUAUCGGCUAUACGAUUCGUCUCAUGCAAGGCCUGGGGCUGCAGUCCAAGACCAGCGGACGGGACGGACGAGAGAGACAGCAGCGCGAACUUGGCCGGAGGCUCUGGCACAGCGCCGUCAUCCUGGAGCGCAUGCUGUCGUUGCAAAUCGGAUUACCUCCGCAGGUAGCCAACCCCCUCCAGGUUCUCCUGCCCACCCACCUAGACACGGACUAUAUUGAUAGCGUUUCGGGGGCAACUCCCAGCUAUGGUGGGGAGAGACCCUCCAUCAUCGAGUUUCUUCUCGCCUGCUCCAGGCUAUACAGCCAUGUGCAUGACAUCGCCGCAUGGGAGGCCGACGCACGAGUACGGCAUGGCAGCUGCGCCGCGAAGAAACUGUUGGCACUGGAUCUCGCGCCGUUCCUCAAAACCGAUGCUCUGUUGUACGACUGGCAGAACUCUCUACCCUUGUUUUUGCGCAUCGACAACCCUGCUGCGCUCGCCGACGACCCUAUUGUGCGCCGGCAACGUGAUCUACUCCGUGCCCGAUAUUUGUAUAUCCGUCUCCGACUUUACCGACCCAUUUUAAUCCUAGGAGUCGCCCUGUCGGCCAGAUGCAUCUGUCGACCAGAUGGCCACCCACACAUGACUGAAACCGAGCCUUCAUCCGUGGAGACCCCGAUGGUGAACUCCGUUGUCCGAGACGCAUCGAUCAAAUGCGCCGUCAUCGCCUUGGAGCUAGUGGAACUGAUUUGGAAAAACACGGACAACCUGCUCGACGGCGGGCCCGAUGAUACCCAGCUCAUGUCCGGGUCUCCUUACUGGGAGAACGUCGACUUUCUCUAUGCGAGUGGCACUGUGAUUCUCGCCGCCCGGCUCUGUCCGUUCCUGAAAGGCAACGCGGUGGCCUCGCGGGCCCGGCUGAAAGACUGCCGGACGCGUCUCCUGCGGUUGUUCAAUCCAUACAACGGAUUCAGGGGCCAUGGUCACCUGGGAGAUCUCAUGCAGCUGUGUCGCAGCACCCUCAAGAAUAUAUCUGGCGCUCUGAAGCGGAAUGCAUCGGGUGAUGCGAGCGCGGGCCUCGAUGAGGAGAUGCGGAGCCGACUGGUUGACCGGACCAUGAACACGCCAGCUCGAGGUCGCAAGCGUCGACAGAGCACCACGUUGGAGAUGACGGAACGGGCAUAUUUCGGUUGGAUUGAGAGUUUACCGAUUGAUUUGGUGGAUGAGGUUGCAUGAUACCCUUGUACUUGCCUGAUCUCUGAUUAUGUUUCGGCAGUACCGUUUAGUAGAUACCCUAUCUCAACCAACUUGAUGAAAAGUCCGAUGACACAUCGACGGG